UUUGGCUGCAAUUGAGCUGUUCACCCGGAACCGUAAGCGAGGCCACCCGCCCGCGCUCAGCCCAUACCAUGUUCUCGCGCCGGAGCAGCGCCGCGGAGCCGGAACCCAAAAAGGGCAGCCGCGCCGAGGAGGACGAGGACACGCCGACCAAGGAGCUGCGCUCUUAUUUCGCAGAGCUGCGGGCGAAGUCCGGCCUGCCGGGCCUCCAAAAGGCAAACUUCCUCGAAAAAUCAAAAACCUUCCAGCGCUAUGGUUUAUAUGCGAUCGCGCUGAUCAUUGCCUUGCUGGUGGGAGCGGCCACCUACGCGCGCGUGCGCACGGAUAACAUAAGAUCGAAGAAGCGGGAGCGCAAGCGCUUAAAAGGCGAGUGGUGCGACGACGGCGAGAUCAACCUCAAGCGGUGCACGACGCUCGACCUCACGCUAAAGGCGGAGCCGCUGGGCGACGACGGCAUCAAGGACCUAGUGAAACGCUUGCACGGGAAGCAGUUCGUGCGGAAGGAAAAGAGGCGACUGCGCAACUUGAUCAUCCAGCACCAUGGCAUCAGCAACGAAGGAGCGAGGAGACUGGCUCAAUUAAUAGCUAGCUGCGCCAAUCCGCUCCACCAACUCUCGUCGCCGUGUGCGUUCGACACGUCGAAACGCUUUGAGUUGGAUCUAAGGGCGAACCCCAUCGGCAAGCGGGGCGUCGAACAGAUAAGGGCGGCCGUCGAGCGGGCCAAGUCGUUCGGCUUUCCGGUCAUCGUCUGGGUCGGCGGCCAUUCCGAGGUGCGGGCCGCGGGCGGUCCGCGCAUUAAAGUAGGCGCCAUCGAGGUGCAGCUCGGGAAGACGUCCUCCCCUGUGUGGAAAUCAGCUCACGAAGGUCCACGCAAUAUUUCUCAGGAUAACCUAACUCACUGGUUAAUUUCUACACAGGUCCUCCCAGACGAAGGAGGAAGACCGGGAGUACCGCGUGCCUCCUACGUUCAUGGACCGACUCCUGCCACAUGACGCGGCCACCACCCUAAAAAUCCGGAUCAUGAUCGCGAUCGUGGCCUUCUGCUGCGGCCUCGCGGCGCAGCACCUGCAGAGCUGGGACCCGCCCUUCAAGAUCGUCUGGAACGAGGAGGCCCACACCGUGAAAUUAGUCAGGCGCUUCCUCGAGUACCUGGGGCUGAAGUUCAUCGAGGCCGCGCCGGACAAGGUCCUCACGUCGGCGGCCAUCUCCGGUAGGGACUCCAGUAGGGACCUCGACGUGCCGAGCGGAAGGCCCUCGCCCCCGCCGGACGCCAAGGCAGCGCUGCGUGUCGUCUUCGCGGACACCGACGCGAGCGACUAGACAAUUCAUCUCCCGUAAUUUAUUACUGCUGACU